AGUCCAUUUUCUGGGCAUGAAGCCCAGGACUCAAAGGGAGGCUCUAGAGAACAUCUGGUCCAUUUGAUAUAUAGAAGCCAGCACUGCAUGUGUGUAUUUGUGUGUAUGUGUUUUUCCUAUGCUGACUCAUGGCAUUGAAGCCUUUCUGGAAACACCCCCACUUUUGUAGCCAGCCAGUUUAUACACACCCCUUCAGCUCCUCCUUGUUUCAAAUGUUAAGUCAAGAGGAAGAAGGAAAAUAAAUUCAAGAGCUGCUCUCAAGCAUCUAGAAUUCUCUGCACCCCACCUCUUCAGAAGAGAGACUGGCCCCAGCUCUGACUCAGUCUACUACAAACUGGACUCUCCUCUUAAAGCACCAACUUUGAGCCUUUGGACAAAACUGGAAGAAAAGAGUCCACAAGUACUUUGGACUCUGUAGGAAGCAGGGGGCUGACAACUGGCAAUAAAAACAGAAAGAUGGCAGACCCUGAAAUUGAGCUUUUCGUGAAGGCAGGAAGUGAUGGGGAGAGUAUUGGAAACUGUCCCUUUUGCCAACGCCUUUUUAUGAUCCUCUGGCUUAAAGGAGUUAAAUUCAAUGUAACUACUGUUGACAUGACCAGAAAGCCUGAAGAGCUGAAAGACUUAGCCCCAGGCACCAAUCCUCCCUUCCUGGUGUAUAACAAGGAGUUGAAAACAGACUUCAUUAAAAUUGAGGAGUUUCUAGAGCAGACACUGGCUCCUCCAAGGUAUCCUCACCUGAGUCCCAAGAACAAGGAGUCCUUUGAUGUGGGCUGUAACCUCUUUGCCAAGUUUUCUGCAUACAUUAAGAAUACACAAAAAGAAGCAAAUAAGAAUUUUGAAAAAUCUCUGCUCAGAGAAUUUAAACGUCUGGAUGACUACUUAAACACCCCGCUUCUGGAUGAAAUUGAUCCAGACAGUGCUGAGGAACUCACAGUUUCCAGAAGAUUGUUCUUGGAUGGGGACCAGCUGACACUGGCUGACUGCAGCUUGUUACCCAAACUGAACAUUAUUAAAGUUGCUGCCAAGAAAUACCGUGACUUUGACAUUCCAGCAGAAUUCUCAGGAGUCUGGCGCUAUCUUCACAAUGCCUAUGCCCGUGAAGAAUUUAUCCACACAUGUCCUGAAGACAAAGAAAUUGAAAACACCUAUGCAAGUGUGGCUAAACAGAAGAGUUAAGGCAACUCUUUCAGUAGAAAAAGCCCUCUUUUCACUUGUCAUAUUAUAAAGGUUUCUGGAAAUAAGAAUAUGGAAAAUACUGUUUCCUCUAUCCAACUCUCAUGAAAAGAAUGCUGUAUUUUCUGUAUCUGGCCAGUCCAAACUAUCUUUCCACUAUGUAUUUUAAAGUUCUUUAUAUUUUCACUUACUUUUCUUUAUUUCUAUGGCAUAAGCACUGCAAUAUUAAAUGACACGGGAAGCAUCAA